UUAAUAGAUAUGGCGACAUGUAUUCUUCAUAUUUUUUAUUUGUCCCACAAAACUUUUGUCAGUCUGAAAUGCACUAUUCCCCCUUGAUUUUAUCGGCUGCUCGACGUCAAACGGGUAGCUACUACCGGAAGAAUAUGGAUUUAAACUUUAUAUACGAAGUUUGAAUAUAUACAUACUGAAAAUUUUCUGCAUGUGGGGAUUUCUAUGUUGUCAACCUACGGUAAUUUAAAAGGAAUGCCUCAUAUCGACUUCAUUUUUGGUUUGCUAUACCCGAUUAAAUAAGUUAGUCUUAAUAUGGGUGAGCAACUUGACUUCUACAAGUUGUCGUAUUUGUGGAAAGGAUGUGAUCAUCUGAUGGGGUUCAAAGAGUUUGUAGACAUACGACGAACCGUCUUACUAACGUGGAUGGAGAUAGAAAGCAGAGACUAUGUAUUAGAUAGAAAAGCCAUUGGCAGUUUAGGAGAGAACGUUGGAUAUAGCAGCGGGACAAAUGAUGAACUUGCGAUAUUGAGGAAGACCUGUGUUUUGUCAGAAGAAUCUCUAUGGAACCCAUCACUCUCAAGCAUAUCAUUGCUACUAGCAGAGUACGUCGAACCAGGCUAUUGUUUGCUAAAAUAUAUAUCUGGUCCUGUGUUUUCAGAGGAUCUAUACGACGCCAUCAGCGACUCUGGGGUGUAUUUCUCAAGCUACAAAGUUAUUAGAAAAUUUUUAGAUUUAACACCAACAAAUGCCAGAUCAGAGGGACCCUUUAUCGUAGUCAAUGGCCAAAGAAUCACUGGUGCUCUCCCUGUCCAUGGCUGGCCUCGAGUUGCCAAGGAAUGGAUCAAAAGACACAAGAAACGAUGCUGGCCAGGACCGGAAACGCUGGAUAAAGUUAUACGUGAUGGAUGCCAUUGUGUCCCUGUUGGUGCACCAGAAUCUGCCACAAAACACCUCGAAUGGCAGUUGUGUUUUUCCGUUGCUGAAUGCACCUUAGUACACUCCAUGGAUCAUAGUUUUUUUAAGCUCUACCAGGUCUUGAAAAUUCUUAUCCACGAACGAAUCAACAACAUGGAAGAUUGCGGAAAGAUUGUGUCUUCGUACAUGAUUAAAACUUUAAUGUUUUGGAUGUGCGAGAACAAAUUACCAAACUUCAUUUGCGCUGGGAAUUUAAAAGGAAUCAUUGGGGAAUGUUUAACACAGCUUGAAGAGUGGAUUAGGGAAAAUUUUAUUCCUCACUAUUUCAUCCCAGAACGUAACCUCUUUGAAAGAAAUUUCAGACCAUUAGAGAGAGCAAAAGUUCUUGAAAGAUUAUCAAUCCUGAAAAGCGACGUUUUAAAGGAGUUAUUAAGGUGUCCAUUUUUUAAAGCAGUGGAGACAGGGGUCAGUGCCGAACCGCCCAAAUCUGUUGAUUCUCUUAAUGUUACAUCAGAUGAUAUGAAGACACGAUGCGAUUUUUUUUUCUUUGAAUGUAUAGGAGAUACAUAUUGCAAUGGAAUACGUUGGACUGAAGCAAUACGUAUUCUUCAAAACUUUGAAAAUGCAUUUGCUUAUGAUUCUCAAAGUGAUCUUCAACUCAGUACGUCGAAGCAAAUGUACUUUAAGGUAGCAAAUGCGGCUGGUAAAAUUGCUUAUCGAGUCAUGAAAAAUUCAUUCUCAAAUAAACGGAAAUACGAAUUGCUUCAUCUCUCCGAGACAUUUCUCAAAAUCGGAUGUUCAGCAGAUGUAACCAGCGGAAAAAUUUCACUGGCUUCUUUAUAUUUUUGUCUUGAGAAAAGUGAAAAAUGCCUCAAUGUUACAAACGCGGUUUUGCGUGAUAUUUUGCCUUCCACCGUGUACGUACGAGGGUUCGCAAAUGUGUCAUACAAUUCUAGUCGCCGUAACCAUUAUCAAGAAUUGGCUUCUUCAGAGCAUAACUCGUUGUCUCAGAAAAUGAAGCGCUAUUGCCUGACCGACAUUGAAAUUAUCCAAUCAACCUCUCUGUGGCCGGCUGUCAUUGACUUAGAGAUUGAAACAUUCCCUCGUGAAACAAGACUGAUCAAGAUGCCAGCUUUGGUUUAUUUGUACCUCCUGAGGUUUUUAUGCUUUGAAAUCCAGGGAGAUGAAAUCCUCAAAAUGGAAGCGUUGUCUGAAUUGUCUGCAAUAGCGUAUGAUGACGAACACAAUGACGGAUCGUUUCUGGCCUAUGAUGUCAUUGGUAUUUGUCACGAAAGGGUUGGCAAUUAUUCACAGGCUGUAGAAAUGUUCGGCAAAGCCUCUAAGGAAGCCAAAAUGCUUGACUGGAUAAACGAAAAUAUGAAUCCUGGACUGUUACGUAUAGGAAUUGUUCUUAAUAAAAGAUUUAGAGAAAUGAGACAAAGAAAUUACCUUUAAAGUUUAAAUCUUUUCAUCAAAUAACAUUAUUAUAUAAUAAAUCAAUUCAUAUUAUAAAAUUAACAUUCCUACAUAUGCAGUAUUUAUAACAUAUUUUUAAAGAACUUGUACCUCUAUUAUUUUGAUUCAUUUUUUAAAUUAAAAAGUUGUUAUAAUGUCAAAUAUUAUGUACACUGCAGAUAGACCUGUAAACUUAUUAUAUACAUUUAUCACUGUUGAAAAUUGAAACAGCUACACCGUUGUACAAAAUAGUAUCAUGUUGUUGAGUGGAUUUUCUAACAGAAUGGAUUGAUACUUUUGGUUUUUUCAUUGUUUGUUCCUUUCCCGUUUUAUUUUUUCAAAAUUUUGAAUUUUAAAAAGUUUCAAACAAUUGGGAUUUCCUAUAAACCAUAUGCAUAAUAAUGAUAACGGAGUAAUUGUAUGCAUACACCUACUAACUAUCCACGAAGCCAGGUACAAAAAAAGAAUUAAAAAAGUAAUAUACAA